GGCGGGUAUGGAUAUUUGCUGGAACCUCUAUGGUGGAUCGGGAUGGUCACCAUGAUAAUAGGUGAAAUUGCGAAUUUUGUUGCAUACAUCUUUGCCCCAGCUGUCCUUGUUACACCAAUGGGUGCGUUGAGCAUCAUUGUGAGUGCCGUUUUGGCCCAUUUCAUUUUGAAAGAGAGAUUGCAGAGGAUGGGUGUCUUGGGUUGCGUGCUCUGCAUUGUGGGUUCGACAGUCAUCGUGCUCCAUGCCCCAGAGGAAAAGACGCCGAGUUCUGUUGAGCAAAUUUGGGAUUUGGCAACCCAGCCUGCCUUUCUAUUGUAUACAGCAUCUGCAGUUGCAGUAUCCCUGGUGCUCAUGUUGCAUUGUGCUCCACGAGUCGGGCAAACAAACAUACUGGUUUACUUGGGUAUUUGCUCUGCCAUUGGAUCUCUGACGGUGAUGAGUAUUAAGGCCAUAGGAAUAGCAAUCAAGCUCACGUUAGAUGGCAUCAACCAAGCUGGUUACUUCCAGACAUGGGUAUUCGCUAUGCUGGCAAUCUCCUGCAUUGUAAUUCAAUUGAAUUACUUGAACAAGGCAUUAGAUACUUUUAACACUGCUGUUGUUUCUCCAGUCUACUAUGCCAUGUUCACAAUCCUCACUAUAUUAGCAAGUGCCAUCAUGUUCAAGGAUUGGUCCGGGCAGAGUGCAAGCAAUAUUGCAUCUGAGAUUUGUGGGCUCAUUACAGUAAUUUCUGGAACCACAGUGUUACAUUCUACAAGAGAUCCGGAUCCUCCUUCCUCAGGUAAACUGACUUCGGAUUGUAUAGUAUUAUUAUUAUUUUUUCAUUAGGUCAAUCAUGUUUCUAGCUCAAGCCUAUU